CAAAAAGAAUGGUAUCAGCGCUCUCUGGUGUCAUGAUUUAUAAUCCACGAGUGGUCUCAGAUUUUAUUGAAUACUAUACCCUGUGUUAUAUCUGUAUUGUCGUACUGUGGUCAACGAGUAACAAAUAUAACAAGAAAAUGGAAGAACACGUAUUUAUUUAAGAUGAUUUAAGGAAACUUAUCGAGAACAAUUCAUACACAGGGAGCUGGUCAAUUCGCGAUAAAGUAUCGCUGUCAAGAUGAGUAAAAUGUAUACAACCGCAAACCUUUCUGACAAGGAAUUAAAGGAACAAGGAAAUCGUUUUUUCAAUCUUCACAAGUAUGAAGAUGCAGCGUGUUGCUACACAAAAGCUAUAAUUAAAAAUCCGUCCCAAGCAUUGUAUUUUACGAAUCGAGCACUGUGCCACCUAAAGCUCAAACGAUGGGAAUCAUCCUGCCAAGAUUGUAGACGUGCUCUAGAUAUUGAUCCAUGUUUGGUAAAAGGUCAUUUCUUUUUGGGUCUCGCACUUGUGGAAUUGGAUCUUUUCGAUGAAGCUGUUAAACAUUUGCAACGAGCUGUGGAUUUGGCGAAGGAACAAAAAUUAAACUAUGGGGAUGAGAUGACCAGUAUUCUAAGACAAGCAAGAAAACGUUGUUUCCAGUUAAGGGAAGAGCAAAGGAUAGCACAAGACAUUGAGUUACAAUCAUAUUUAAAUCAGUUGAUAGUAGAAGAUGCUGAACGAAGCAUAGCUGCUUUAAAAGAACAAGAAGCGACAAUAGAAACAAAUGGAAAAACUGAAGGAGAAGCUGCAUCUGAUACAUUUACAAGAAAAAAAGAAGAAGUAGAAGAAAAAAGAGAUACGUGUAUGGCUCGACUUAAUGAUUUAUUUGAAAAAGUGGACGAACGAAGAAGGAAGAGGGAAGUACCUGACUACUUAUGUGGAAAAAUUAGUUUUGAAAUUUUGCAAGAACCAGUAAUUACACCAAGUGGAAUUACAUACGAGAGAAAAGAUAUAGAAGAACAUUUGCAAAGGGUGGGACAUUUUGAUCCAGUUACUAGAGUUCGUUUAACUCAAGAUCAGUUAAUCCCAAACUUAGCAAUGAAAGAAGUAGUAGAUACGUUCCUACAGGAAAAUGAGUGGGCAUUAUAUUAUUAACCUUUUGUUGGGCGCAAUAUAGACAUUGACAUCAUUGGACACAAUAUAUCAGAAUGAUUGCAGAGUAUAAAUGGGGUACAAUGAUAAUAAUAAUAAUAAUAAGAUAACAAUUGACAGUAUUUUCCUGUUAUUAAAGAUCUUAAAUUCUUCAAAAUAUCUUAAAUUUGAUUAGUUGUAACUGUAAUUAUUAAUAUACAGGGUGUCACAAAACAAUGUUAUCACACUUUGAUUGUUUAUAAAGUGUAUAUUAAAUAUUGUACAAUUUGCUUUCGAUGUUUAUAACGAACUGUGUUGGGGGGGAGGUAUACAUAAAAUUCAGCGUUUUACCAGCUAAUGAAGUGUAGUAACAUUUUUUUGCGACAGCCUGUAUAAGAGCGGCAGCAACAAAUACGUUUCGCUUCAAAAUGUGAAAUAAAAUUGUUUGAUGUGUAUCAAUCUGGACAGUUGCGUCCAAUGGAAAGUUAAAAUGUAUACUUAGAUUACUGCCGUGUUUUCAUGAUGAAAUGUUCUUUUUUACUUUAAUUGAAUAUAUCCAAGUCAUUAUUGUUGUAUAAUUUGUUAAAAAAUUAUAAAUGUAUUAUGUAGAAACAAAAUUUAUUACUUUAAAAGUUUUCUAAACUGUUUGUGUAUUACUUGUAAAAAACCAGCACAGCACCCGUAAAUGGGUUUUUAGGUAAUAUAGAUCAGAUCAUGUAUAUUACAAUUGUAUAUCUCUUUUUCCCAUAAUUGAUAAAUAAAGUAACUUAUUUUGUGACAUA